GGAGCUCCAAACGGGGCCAAUAAAAGGCAGCGGCGCCCCGUCCCUCACUCCUCUUCUUCCCGUCCUCUCCUCCCCCGCAUCUCACCUCCCGAUAAGAAGUGAGCAGCUCCCGCUUCCCCUCUUCCUGCUCCUCCGCUUGAGCUCCUCUCCUCGGCGAAAAUCCGCGAGGUCCGAUUCGACUACUACCCCGCGUCGCAGAGGCCUGUCACGCCCCGUGGCCGGACGUGAUCGCGCGGAGUCGAGGAGAGGAGGGAGAGGCGCGGAGCUCCUACCACCACCGCCGCAGCAGCAGCAGGAGGAGAGGGGGAGAAGGAAGAGGAGCCGCCGUAUCUAUCCGUCCCGCGCCGAACCGAUGGACUCGGAGCACUGGAUCUCGCGCCUGGCCGCCGCGAAGCGGUUCUACGCGGCGCAGCUCGGCCACAGCGAUCGGGCGGGGAUGGAGGAGCUGGACAUGGACGAGGAGGUGAGGCCGGAGUUCGCCUGCCCUUACUGCUACGAGGACCACGACGUCGCCUCCCUCUGCGCGCAUCUCGAGGAGGAGCACCCGUUCGAGCCCCACGCCGCGGCUUGCCCUGUUUGCUCUGAGAUGGUUACAAGGGAUAUGGUUAACCAUAUUACUAUGCAACACGGGUACUUAUUCAAGAAUCGUCGCCGGUUGCGCAGAUUCAUUAUUCCAGGCAGCCAAGCCCUUUCUUUGCUGAGCCGAGAUCUACGGGAAGCCCAUUUGCAGGUGCUUUUAGGAGGUGGGCAUAGGUCAAGCAACAAUAACAACACCACAAAUAUCUCAGCAGAUCCUCUUCUAUCAUCGUUUGGCCUUAGCUUCCCAACAUCAGAUGCAGAGCAAACAUCAAAGUCCACUAUUUCUGUUCCUGAUGAUGCUACCAUGGCAAAAGAGACUCCUGCUCAGGCACGGAAGUUAAGUAUCGAUUCAUCCCUCACAAGUGAAGAAAGGGAGCAGAAACGGAAGCAAGCCAGCGUCAGAGCAACUUUUGUGCAAGACCUGCUGCUCUCUACUCUAUUCGGGGACUAAAUAAAUCAGGAUCAGCCUAAGUUAUCACUGGAAGGGUGCUUUCCUGGUGCAGAUCUACAAAGACUAGCGCGCUCCACCCAAGUUGCUGAACGUAGUAUCAUUGACAGAACAUGCGCGCUUCCGGGGGUGCUAUCCUUCGUCUCUUCCAGUAAGGUGCAGGGUUGAUGUGGGCAUGAUGUAUCUUCUAAGUUAUUGUAGCCGGUCUCUAUCUUCAGUUCCAUCACAAUCCGCGAUCACCAUGUGGUGUGCAAGUCGCGGGUGUGCUUGUACCGCUUCUAUGUCUGAACUGUGAAGCAUUGGUUUGUUGUGCCAACAUAAUAAGUAUGUUAUGCAACAGCGGAUUGCACUGCACCGUGUAGGGGCAGUAAACGAGAUGCAAUAUUGUCUAGAUUU